AGAGGAAACAAGACUUCAUAAGCCUCUAAAUUGUAAGGGAUAAUUAGAAUAACAUCAAAAAAAGCAGUGCUAUGUUGUGGGAUAACAUCKAAGCCUUGCACGCUGCUGGACUCUGCUGCUGCCCUGUGCCUGUAUUUUAAGCUCCCAGAUCAGCACAAAGGAAUCUGUUUUAAUAUUUGAGGAAUGUGCUGUUUGACAUUUCUCCAAAUUUACUUGAUGUCUAUUAGGACCUUACUUUUGCAACCAGAGGAAGCUACACUGUUUUCUUUCUCCCUCAGAAGACAAAGAGCUGACCCAGCAGGUCAGCUUUGGUUACACUGUUGAGUUGCUGGGCACUUCUGGAGAUUUCAGAGUUUUGAAGACUUGGUUACAGAAAGCCUUCCACAUAAUUGGGCCGUACUUUUGGACAGACUUAUUUUCUACUAAAUGAAUUUUAAGUUUAAGAAAUCCCAUUCAGAGGAAGACUUUGAGGGAUAAUGACAAGGUGUUUGCUUGGAAUUUUCUAACACAAAAAUGCCCAAGGAAGCUGCUGCUUGCCUCUCUGCCAGUGCUCAGUGGUCUUGCUGCAUCAGAUAGUUCAAGGAAAUAGGCACUUCGGUGAAGAGCAUAGCUGUGACACAGCACAUAAAUCCUUUAGUAGGAGCUUACGUGUGAUUUGACACCAUGGUGGCCCUUUCCUUGAAGAUCUGUGUCCGCCAGUGCAACGUGGUGAAGACGAUGCAGUUUGAACCAUCCACUGCAGUGUACGACGCGUGCAGAGUCAUUCGGGAACGAGUGCCAGAGGCUCAAACAGGACAAGCCUCUGACUAUGGAUUGUUCUUGUCAGACGAAGAUCCUCGAAAAGGUAUAUGGCUGGAAGCUGGAAGAACGCUGGAUUAUUACAUGCUGAGAAAUGGGGAUAUACUGGAGUACAAAAAGAAACAGAGACCUCAGAAAAUACGGAUGCUGGAUGGUUCAGUAAAAACAGUCAUGGUGGAUGAUUCCAAAACAGUUGGUGAACUACUGGUUACCAUUUGCAGCAGGAUAGGAAUAACCAAUUAUGAAGAAUAUUCCUUAAUCCAGGAAAGCAUUGAAGAGAGGAAAGAAGAGAGCACGGGGACACUUAAGAAAGAUAGGACAUUGUUGCGUGAUGAAAGAAAAAUGGAAAAGUUGAAGGCAAAGCUUCAUACAGAUGAUGAUUUAAACUGGCUAGAUCACAGCCGAACAUUUAGAGAGCAAGGAGUUGAUGAGAAUGAAACACUGCUAUUAAGGAGAAAAUUCUUUUAUUCGGACCAGAAUGUAGAUUCAAGAGAUCCCGUUCAGCUGAACUUGCUUUAUGUUCAGGCUCGUGAUGACAUUCUGAAUGGCUCCCAUCCCGUCUCCUUUGAGAAGGCCUGUGAGUUUGGAGGCUUUCAAGCACAGAUCCAGUUUGGACCUCAUGUAGAACACAAACACAAACCUGGAUUUUUAGACCUAAAAGAGUUCCUCCCUAAAGAAUAUACCAAGCAAAGAGGGGCUGAAAAGAGAAUAUUUCAGGAGCACAAAAACUGUGGUGAGAUGACUGAAAUAGAAGCCAAAGUGAAAUAUGUGAAGCUAGCACGUUCCCUGCGGACCUAUGGGGUGUCCUUUUUCCUUGUUAAGGAAAAAAUGAAAGGCAAAAACAAGCUGGUUCCUCGUUUGCUGGGGGUCACCAAAGACUCCGUCAUGCGCGUGGAUGAGAAGACCAAGGAAGUGUUGCAGGAAUGGCCCCUGACAACUGUGAAACGCUGGGCUGCCUCCCCCAAAAGCUUCACCCUGGAUUUUGGCGAGUAUCAGGAAAGCUAUUACUCAGUACAGACCACUGAAGGAGAACAGAUCUCUCAACUAAUUGCAGGUUACAUUGAUAUCAUCCUGAAGAAGAAACAGAGUAAAGAUAGAUUUGGCCUUGAAGGUGAUGAGGAAUCGACCAUGUUGGAAGAAUCUGUUUCACCUAAGAAAUCUACCAUCCUGCAGCAGCAGUUCAACCGCACCGGGAAGGUGGAGCACGGCUCCGUGGCGCUGCCGGCCGUUAUGCGCUCAGGCUCCAGCGGCCCGGAGACCUUCAACAUUGGCAUGAUGCCUUCACCCCAGCAGCAGGUCACGCUGGGGCAGAUGCACAGAGGACACAUGCCCCCGCUUACCUCAGCUCAGCAGGCUUUGAUGGGCACCAUUAACACCAGUAUGCACGCUGUUCAGCAGGCACAGGCUGACCUCAGCGAAGUUGAUAACCUGCCACCUCUGGGGCAGGACAUGGCAUCAAGAGUAUGGGUUCAGAACAAGGUUGAUGAAUCAAAACAUGAAAUACACUCUCAGGUUGAUGCUAUUACUGCAGGAACUGCAUCUGUUGUUAACCUUACAGCAGGUGACCCAGUUGACACCGAUUACACUGCUGUGGGAUGUGCAAUUACAACCAUCUCUUCAAACCUCACUGAGAUGUCUAAAGGUGUGAAACUGCUCGCUGCCCUGAUGGAUGACGAAGUUGGAAGUGGAGAAGAUCUCCUGAAAGCUGCUCGGACGCUGGCUGGUGCUGUCUCAGACCUGCUGAAAGCAGUGCAGCCCACUUCAGGAGAGCCUCGACAGACAGUUUUGACAGCAGCUGGAAGUAUUGGGCAAGCUAGCGGGGAGCUCCUGAGGCAAAUUGGAGAGAAUGAAACAGAUGAAAGGUUCCAGGAUGUUCUGAUGAGCCUGGCCAAAGCUGUUGCGAACGCCGCUGCCAUGCUGGUGCUGAAGGCCAAGAACGUAGCGCAGGUGGCCGAGGACACCGUCCUGCAGAACAGGGUCAUCGCGGCCGCCACGCAGUGCGCGCUCUCGACGUCCCAGCUCGUGGCCUGUGCCAAGGUUGUGAGUCCCACCAUCAGUUCUCCAGUGUGCCAGGAACAGCUGAUUGAGGCGGGGAAGCUGGUGGACCGUUCCGUGGAGAACUGCGUGCGGGCCUGCCAGGCUGCCACCGACGACACUGAGUUACUGAAGCAGGUCAGUGCGGCCGCCGGCGUGGUGAGCCAGGCCCUGAAUGACCUCUUGCAGCACGUCCGCCAGUUUGCAAGCAGGGGAGAGCCCAUUGGACGCUAUGACCAGGCUACAGAUACCAUCAUGUGUGUCACAGAGAGUAUUUUCAGUUCAAUGGGAGAUGCCGGUGAGAUGGUGCGGCAGGCCCGGGUGCUGGCGCAGGCCACCUCAGACCUGGUCAAUGCCAUGAGGUCGGAUGCCGAAGCCGAGAUCGACAUGGACAACUCCAAGAAGCUCCUGGCUGCCGCGAAGCUCCUGGCGGAUUCCACAGCCCGCAUGGUUGAAGCUGCAAAGGGAGCUGCAGCCAAUCCUGAAAAUGAGGAUCAACAGCAGCGUCUCAGGGAAGCGGCAGAGGGGCUGCGGGUGGCCACGAAUGCUGCUGCACAGAACGCCAUCAAGAAGAAAAUUGUCAACAGAUUAGAGAUUGCAGCCAAGCAAGCAGCAGCUGCUGCCACUCAGACAAUCGCAGCUUCUCAGAAUGCAGCCAUUUCCAAUAAGAAUGCUGCAGCCCACCAGCAACUUGUGCAGAGCUGCAAGCAUGUUGCAGAUCACAUUCCUCAGCUGGUGCAGGGGGUAAGAGGAAGUCAAGCUCAGGCAGAAGACCUCAGUGCCCAGCUAGCCCUGAUAAAUUCCAGCCAGAACUUCCUUCAGCCUGGAAGUAAAAUGGUGGCAUCUGCUAAAGCUGCUGUCCCCACAGUGACUGAUCAAGCAGCAGCAAUGCAGCUAAGUCAGUGUGCGAAGAAUCUUGCCACCAGCUUAGCUGAGCUACGAACUGCCUCCCAAAAGGCUCAUGAAGCGUGUGGCCCCAUGGAGAUUGAUUCUGCUUUGAACACAGUCCAGACACUGAAGAGUGAACUGCAAGAUGCAAAGAUGGCAGCUGUGGAUGGCCAGUUAAAACCUCUUCCAGGAGAAACGCUCGAGAAAUGUGCUCAGGACCUGGGAAGUACAUCCAAAGCUGUUGGCUCGUCAAUGGCCCAGUUGUUAACUUGUGCUGCUCAAGGCAACGAGCACUACACAGGGGUUGCUGCCAGAGAAACCGCUCAGGCUCUGAAGACUUUGGCCCAGGCAGCACGGGGGGUUGCAGCGUCUACCACAGACCCGGUGGCAGCCCACGCGAUGUUGGACUCGGCGCGAGACGUCAUGGAGGGCUCUGCCAUGCUCAUCCAGGAGGCCAAGCAGGCGCUGGCCGCGCCAGGGGAYGCAGACAGUCAGCAGAGAUUAGCACAGGUAGCAAAAGCAGUGUCUCACUCGUUAAAUAACUGCGUGAAUUGUCUGCCGGGGCAAAAGGAUGUGGACGUGGCUUUGAAGAGUAUUGGAGAAUCCAGCAAGAAACUCCUUGUUGAUUCGCUACCACCAAGUUCCAAGUCUUUCCAAGAAGCUCAGAGUGAACUGAACCAGGCAGCAGCAGAUCUGAACCAGUCGGCGGGAGAAGUUGUCCAUGCUACGCGGGGCCAAAGCGGAGAAUUGGCUGCAGCCUCUGGAAAAUUCAGUGAUGAUUUUGAUGAAUUCCUUGAUGCUGGUAUUGAAAUGGCUGGCCAAGCUCAAACUAAAGAGGACCAGAUACAAGUGAUAGGAAACCUCAAGAACAUCUCCAUGGCUUCCAGCAAGCUGCUACUGGCUGCCAAGUCUCUCUCUGUUGACCCUGGAGCUCCUAAUGCCAAGAAUCUAUUAGCAGCAGCUGCAAGAGCUGUGACUGAGAGUAUCAACCAGCUCAUCACCCUGUGCACCCAGCAGGCGCCCGGGCAGAAGGAAUGUGACAACGCGCUCCGGGAACUGGAGACAGUUAAAGGAAUGCUGGACAACCCCAAUGAACCWGUGAGCGACCUCUCGUAUUUUGAUUGUAUUGAGGGCGUAAUGGAAAACUCCAAGGUUCUUGGAGAAUCUAUGGCUGGCAUUUCCCAGAAUGCCAAGACUGGGGAUCUCUUAGUCUUUGGUGAAUGCGUUGGAGUUGCAUCAAAAGCUCUUUGUGGUCUUACAGAGGCAGCAGCUCAGGCUGCUUACUUGGUUGGCAUUUCAGAUCCCAACAGCCAGGCUGGUCAGCAGGGCCUUGUUGACCCAAUCCAAUUUGCCAGAGCUAAUCAAGCCAUCCAGAUGGCCUGCCAGAAUUUGGUGGAUCCAGCGAGCAGCCCAUCACAGGUGUUAUCAGCUGCCACAAUCGUGGCCAAACAUACCUCUGCGUUGUGCAAUGCCUGCCGCAUUGCUUCGUCCAAGACGGCGAAUCCUGUUGCCAAGAGACAUUUCGUGCAGUCGGCCAAGGAGGUUGCAAACAGUACCGCCAACCUGGUAAAAACCAUCAAGGCCCUGGAUGGUGACUUCUCCGAAGAUAACCGCAACAAGUGCAGGAUUGCUACUGCCCCUUUGAUCGAGGCUGUGGAAAAUCUGACAGCGUUUGCUUCAAAUCCAGAAUUUGUCAGUAUACCUGCACAGAUCAGUACUGAGGGAUCACGAGCCCAGGAGCCAAUUCUAGUUUCUGCUAAAACCAUGUUGGAGAGUUCAUCCUUAUUAAUCAAAACUGCUCGUUCUCUGGCUAUCAAUCCGAAAGACCCUCCCACAUGGUCUGUGCUAGCCGGCCAUUCCCACACGGUCUCCGAUUCCAUCAAGAGUCUCAUCACCUCCAUCAGGGACAAGGCGCCGGGCCAGCGGGAGUGCGACCACUCCAUCGACGGCAUCAACAGAUGCAUCCGGGACAUCGAGCAGGCGUCGCUGGCGGCCGUGAGCCAGAGCCUGGCCACCAGGGACGACAUCUCCCUCGAGGCUUUACAGGAGCAGCUGACAUCGGUUGUUCAGGAAAUCGGGCACCUUAUUGAUCCCAUAGCGACGGCAGCUCGCGGAGAGGCAGCUCAGCUYGGGCACAAGGUUACGCAGCUGUCAAGUUACUUUGAACCCUUGGUUUUAGCAGCAGUCGGGGUGGCAUCCAAAACGUUAGAUCAUCAGCAGCAGAUGACUGUGUUGGAUCAGAGUAAGACGCUGGCAGAAUCUGCCUUACAGAUGUUAUAUGCAGCCAAGGAAGGAGGAGGAAACCCCAAGGCGUCGCACACGCACGAUGCCAUCACGGAGGCGGCCCAGCUCAUGAAGGAGGCUGUGGAUGACAUCAUGGUCACCUUGAACGAAGCUGCCAGCGAGGUCGGCAUGGUCGGGGGGAUGGUGGACUCCAUCGCAGAGGCCAUGAGCAAGCUGGAUGAAGGCACGCCCCCAGAUCCUAGAGGAACGUUUGUGGAUUAUCAGACCACAGUGGUGAAAUACUCUAAAGCCAUUGCUGUAACAGCACAAGAAAUGAUGACUAAGUCGGUUACUAACCCCGAAGAGCUGGGAGGACUUGCGUCACAAAUGACCACUGACUAUGGGCAUUUGGCCCUCCAGGGCCGAAUGGCUGCAGCUACAGCUGAACCAGAGGAGAUAGGGUUCCAGAUCAGGACUCGGGUGCAAGAUCUUGGUCAUGGCUGUAUUUUCCUCGUGCAAAAAGCAGGAGCCCUGCAGAUUUGCCCCACGGACAGCUACACCAAGAGGGAGCUGAUAGAAUGUGCUCGUGCYGUGACGGAGAAGGUUUCCUUAGUUUUAUCUGCCCUCCAAGCAGGCAACAAAGGCACCCAGGCCUGUAUUACAGCGGCGAGCGCCGUGUCGGGGAUCAUUGCGGAUCUGGACACCACUAUCAUGUUCGCCACGGCGGGAACCCUCAACGCCGAGAACAACGAGUCCUUCGCAGACCACAGGGAAAAUAUCCUGAAAACAGCAAAAGCUUUAGUUGAAGAUACCAAAUUGCUGGUGUCUGGUGCUGCCUCAAGUCAGGACAAACUGGCCCAAGCAGCUCAGUCAUCAGCUAACACCAUCACCCAGCUCGCAGAAGUGGUAAAACUGGGAGCAGCCAGCCUGGGCUCAGAUGAUCCUGAAACACAGGUUGUCCUGAUCAAUGCUAUUAAGGAUGUUGCCAAGGCCCUUUCUGAUCUCAUUGGUGCUACCAAAGGAGCUGCCAGCAAACCAGCAGAUGACCCGUCCAUGUACCAGCUGAAGGGGGCUGCCAAGGUUAUGGUGACAAAUGUGACGUCGCUUUUGAAGACAGUGAAAGCAGUGGAAGAUGAAGCUACUCGAGGGACGAGAGCUCUGGAGGCCACCAUAGAGUACAUCAAGCAGGAGCUCACGGUGUUCCAGUCCAGCGAGGUUCCGGAGAAGACGGCGUCACCCGAGGAGUCGAUCCGCAUGACGAAAGGCAUCACCAUGGCGACGGCGAAAGCUGUUGCGGCCGGCAACUCGUGCAGGCAGGAGGAUGUGAUCGCCACGGCCAACCUGAGCCGCACGGCGGUGGCCGACAUGCUGGCAGCUUGCAAGCAAGCGUCGUAUCACCCGGACGUGAGCGAGGAUGUUCGUGAGCGGGCGCUGCGCUACGGCACAGAGUGUACCCUGGGCUACCUGGAGCUCCUGGAGCACGUCCUGCUGAUCCUCCAAAAACCAACCCCUGAGCUAAAGCAUCAGCUGGCCGCUUUCUCCAAGCGAGUUGCUGGGGCUGUUACAGAGCUCAUACAGUCAGCAGAGGCAAUGAAAGGGACAGAGUGGGUGGACCCCGAAGACCCAACGGUCAUUGCGGAGACGGAGCUGCUUGGGGCUGCAGCGUCCAUCGAGGCUGCAGCAAAGAAGCUGGAGCAGCUGAAGCCCCGAGCCAAGCCCAAGCAAGCAGAUGAGACUCUGGAUUUUGAAGAGCAGAUCCUGGAAGCAGCUAAAUCCAUUGCAGCUGCUACCAGUGCMCUGGUGAAGUCGGCUUCAGCAGCCCAGAGAGAACUGGUGGCCCAGGGAAAGGUUGGAGCAAUCCCUGCAAAUGCAGCUGAUGACGGACAGUGGUCUCAGGGACUUAUUUCUGCUGCCAGAAUGGUGGCAGCAGCGACCAGCAAUCUCUGCGAAGCAGCUAAUGCCUCGGUGCAAGGCCACGCUAGCGAGGAGAAGCUCAUCUCAUCGGCCAAGCAAGUCGCAGCUUCGACAGCACAGCUGCUCGUGGCUUGCAAAGUGAAGGCUGACCAUGACUCUGAAGCCAUGAGGAGGCUGCAGGCUGCAGGAAAUGCCGUCAAGCGAGCGUCAGACAACCUUGUCAGGGCAGCCCAGAAAGCAGCRUUUGGGAAGGCAGAGGAUGACGACGUUGUGGUCAAAACCAAGUUUGUGGGUGGCAUUGCUCAGAUCAUUGCAGCCCAAGAAGAAAUGCUGAAGAAAGAGAGAGAGCUGGAGGAAGCAAGGAAAAAACUGGCUCAAAUUCGCCAGCAGCAAUAUAAAUUUCUACCCACAGAGCUGAGAGAAGAUGAGGGUUAACCUGCUGAGAUUUUUUUCCU